CAUGGUGGUUUAGCUGCAAACGCCGGAGAUGGGUGGUAGAGGCCGACAGAAAAAGAAGGAUCCUCCACCUAAGGGUGAGACCAUCAAAGAGCAAGCUGAGGCCAUGAAGCUUGUUGCUCGAGAUCUUAAUCAAAUGGGUUUUGAGGUUGAGGAAUUAAGGCAAAUGCACCCAAAUUUAGAGGAUACAAAAGGGGAUUCUAAGGGGACUUUACUAAAGCUAGCAACUAGUGGGCUAGUUAGCGAGAUUGUGAAUCAGUACUCCUUGGUGCAAGAUUUGAAGAAGAGUGAUGUUGUUUCCACGACUAGCUCAUCUGGUAUUGCAAUUUCUCCUAGUGCUCGUUCGAUUGGUGUGAUUGAAAAAGAGAAAGAGGAUUUUCAACCAUCUCUUAAGCAGAAGCCAUUGCGUAGUUGGGCUUCUGUUGUUGAAGGUAAUAGAGGCAUCAGGAAGGGAUGGGAUUUGCAAUGUGUGAAACCUCAUAAUCCAAUUGGUGUUAUGGUUAUUACUAAAGAUGAGUGGGUUAAAGGGUCUAAAAUAUGGGAGAAUGCUCUUGUUGGGUAUGUUCUGGGUCUUAGACCUACUUUUAAGGAUAUGGCUAAUUUUGUGAACAAUAGGUGGAAGGAAUUCCAAGUGCCAAAGGCAUUUUUGUUGAGAAAUGGAGUUUUCUUGUUUGAUUUUGCUAAUGGAGAUGCAAAGCAAGCAACGUUGGAGAAGCGAUGGACAUUUAAUGGAGACCCUCUAAUUCUGAAACAAUGGACUCUAGAUUUUGACCUGGAUAAUUUGGAUAUCAUUAAGAAGCAAAGAGUGGCUUAUGCUCGUAUGCUAGUAGAGACGAAAAUUAUGGACACUCCACCCCGUGUAGUGCCUGUUGUUGGCCCUAAGGGUGUGUUUCAACAACCUGUGGUUUUUGAGUGGGAGCCCACGAGAUGUGGUAAAUGUAGGAAUCUUGGCAUGAAGAGAGGAAUUGUAAAGCUAAGGAAAAAAAGGGGUGAAGUGCAAACUGGUGCUAAUUCAUCAAAUAUGAAGCAGAGUACACUCAUACAUGUUGCUGGUAAGAUGAUAGUAGGAAGCAAUGAGAAAUGUCUAGUACAACUAGGAGUGGGAGUUCUAAGACAAGGGAAUCUAUAGAAUGAGACUGGUACUAGCACUAGUGAUAAAGAGAUGACGCAAAAUGCAACAGGUGGAGCAUCUCCUAUAAGUGGAACUCUAUCAUGAUAUAUCUUUCUACAUGGAAUGUGAGGGGUUUGAAUGACCCUUGUCUUGUUAAGAAGUUUAUGCAUUCAAAUAAAGUUCAGUUUAUUGC